CACGAGAGCUUAAAACAGAACACCGGACAAGGUGAAUAUCUAGUGGUGUUUUUGCAGUUGGUGCAACUUGUUCAACCGAAUGCAAAGAAGCUUCUACUGCCUUGAGCUAACUUAGCACAGAGUGCAUUGGCGAUUGCAGUUCCAAAUACGCACACCAGAUGAUAUAACAAAUAGUGAAACCGGCAAAACGCAAGCAUCCUUCACUUUAAUUGCACUGAAUUUAUUUCCAUUGAUGAUGCCAGCCGCUCAGUUCUGCAAAGACAAACUUCGGCGGUGUCCUUUGACUGGACUGGAGAGGAAAACCAGGGACAUUUUAGACAUGGUAGUGACACCAGAUCGUAUCCCUCAGUUUAUAAUUCCCUCUUUGGCAGUCCCUAACCAACAAAAUAACAGGAAGUCUCAGCGGGUGCCCGUAUCAUUAUGUUCCAGGCGAAGCAGCUUGGACCCUGCAACCAUGGCUGCUGUUUAUUCGGGAUGUCUGGAGGAAGACGUCUACAACGACUUUCCACCGACUGCAGAACUGAGUGACCUGUCAGAUCCAGUUACCAGGGCUGCCAUGUCUCUGCCCCACUUGAUUAAAGUCACGACGCCUUAUGGCUUUCUAACGUUAGGCGAAAGUCCUUCCAUUAAGAGGAAAGAGUCGUUGUUUUUUGAUGAUGAGGUCAGAAGAAAGGCUUUGCUUAUAAAGCAAAGAGAAUUUGAUGUGAAGGCAGGUUUUCUAGUACGAUGCCAUUCAGCUCCCUUGCGGGAGUGCACCAAGCGACUCAAUCCUGUCCCCACCAGUUCUGAAAAGGGUAGUCAAUGCAGGAAAACUGGUCGCCACUCUAUUUCUUGUGACUUAGGCAGCCUACUAACUGACAAGCUGGAUUUCCAGUUACCUUUGCAACAAAGACAGGAAGAGUCAGAAAACUCAAAAUGCAGCAAAAGUACAAAGAGGAGCAGAUUGCAAGGACUCAUCAAAAAACACUUGGCCGGCAUCGAAUGGCUCCGAUCCAGUUCCACAGUACAGAGAAGAAGUAGGACAGCAAAAGGCCAAUAAAUGAAAGGCUGAACUAAUAAACUGACUUUUGUUUACCUUUUGCUUUAUAUUCUUGUAUAACAUAGAAUUUCGUAUUAUAUUUUUGUAUUUUUUUUGCUAUUUUUACACGUUUGUUGCUCUUUGAAUUUUAAUACUAUUGGAUUUAAAGUUAGACAAAAGUCGUGUUUUAACAAAACACCCGAACAAUUGUUCUCGAGAUAUAAAGUGAAAUGUUAUUGUUGGUGGAUUUGCAUUAUUGAAGGGUAGCACGGAUUUCAGUAGAUGAAUUUAAUGGAAGUAUGAUUUGAUAUGAAAUUAAGUUAUCCUAGGGAUUAGCAUUGCUUCUAAAAUGAAGAAUGUUGUUUUUGUCAUAUUUAAUGUUAGCAAGUGUUGAGUGUAUAUAAUGAAAGCUAUGCUUAAAGCACCUUUGACCGCUUCACAGCUGGAGAACUGCUAGAAGGUGUAUUACUUCAGGUGAAUGGAAAGGUGUUCUGUUAGCUCUACCGAGAAGAUCAAACGUGUUUACACUACACUGCUCACAUUUGAGUAUUGUGAAAGGAAAGUCUGCACCCUUAUUGUUAACCAGUUUUACGUAUAUUUUAAAUUUUAUAGAAACUUAAAGUUUUACAAUUCUUUGGUUUUGAAAUGUUUGUUUUGUGACGUUUAACGGCUUACAGGAGUCACUGCCAAUCUUCAUUGGACCUUUGAGGACAAUGAUGGAUGCCCUUUAGGAAUGGUAAUGAAUGGGUGCCCAUUUAAACUAAGGUGUUGCAUCCAUGGCACCCAUAUAACUUAAUUAAGGGAGGGUUUAUCACAGACUAAGCCAUUCUUGAAUGUGAUACAGUUCUGUGUAAUGGUGCUAUCUGGUAAAAGCCAUCAACCAAAAAGUACAUAAACAUAUCUGCACUUUAUGAGAAAUAAUUAUGUUUAUUUUCAAUGUAGAAGUUAUAUUUAUAUUGAUGUUUUGCACUAAAAGAAGUAAAUAAAUAAAUAUACUAUUUCUGCUACAA